CUCACACGUAGCUCUGCGAAAAGUUCAAGCCGUCAUAACUUUGUUGUUCAUUUAAUCCAUAAAUUGGACCUCCUAUUUAUCUACCUGGUAUAAACGCGUUACUUCUGGUUGUUCAUUCCUUCUCAAGCCAAUCCAAUCUUUCGCAAUAGAGAAACUCAACUACGAUACCGCAGCGAUGGCGACCAUCGCCCAAAACCAGCGGGAGCUGCCCGUUCGCAGCAACCCGGACCUUGAGUCCUUCGACAUCGUCAGCACCUACAACAAACUCCUAUCCGACGACCCCGAACUCACCAUGCCCGUCGCAGCAAUCGAAGCCCUAAUCGAAGCCUUAAGCCAAACCUCCGCCAAAACCGUGUUCGAGACUAUGGACCUCAUCAAGGCGCAAUCGGAGGCCCUGCGCAAAGCAGUACGCAACCCAAUCGCCCUAACCCACGGCACCGAUCUCUUCCAACAGUAUUUAGUCCUGUCGCUUAAGCAGCCAGGCCCCGACGGGAAAGAGACUAGCAGUCACGAAAACUUCGAGGUCGUACGGCAGCAUUUAAUGCGCAACGGGCGCUUAUUUGCGAGUCGUGCGAAACAGGCAAGAGAGCAGAUUGCGCGGAUUGGGAGGGAGUAUGUUAGGGAUAAUUGCACCAUACUUACGCAUGGCGGAUCGCGUGUUGUGGGAACGCUGCUGGGUAGGGCCGCGGAGGCGAUUCAUAGCGAUGCGAAACGUAGGUUUAAGGUCAUUCAUGUUGUGAAUGAGGCGAGACGGACCGAGAGUCUGCGUGUGGUUGCGGCGCUGCGUGCGAAGGGGGUGCCGGUUGCUACGAUACCUGAGUCUGCGGCUGCGUAUUCGAUGGCGAAGGCCGAUAUUAUACUAGUCGGUGCUGAGGCGGUGACGGCAAACGGCGGAAUCAUUUCGAGAAUGGGGACGUAUCAAUUGGCACUACUUGCUAGGGCGCGAAAUAAGGAUUUCUUCGUUGCUGCGGAGCAACAUAAGUUCGGCAAGACGUUCCCUCUAGAUCAAUUUGAUCUUGGCUUUGAGCAAGAUAUGUUUGAUUUCCACGCGAAAAAGCCUCAUGAGGAAGAGAUAAAGAAUGAUCGUCCAAAACAUCCCAUUGAGGAUCCGGUGGACUAUACGCCACCGGAAUAUAUUUCAUCCUUCCUUUCGGAUAACGGCGUCCUCACACCAACGGAUGUGGCUAAGCAGAUUAUAGAUCUGAUGUACUGAGUUUCAUACAUUACCCAGGCGACAAAUCUUCAAUGAACCCGGUACCACUUUGGCCGUUCGCGCCAUGAGAGCCUGUACAUAUUAUACAGAACUUGGCGCGACUCUCGUUACGGUUGAUUGCACGAGCAAAUACGGUUAAGGGUGUUGCUGAAUUGGCUUUGUUACCUACUGACUGCUACCAAUGGUAUACAAAGUCGAUGAACUCGAUGCCAUAGGAUCCCCUGGCGCAUGCUUCGUUUGAGGAUGUUCAGUUGCAUCUAUGGCAUUGAAACAUAUUCAUGCUACACCAACUAUAACGAGGGUCCCUAGGCGCUCGGGUAGUAUAGCAAUAAGCAGCUAGCUCUAGCUACACAAGUCACAGCAAAAAUGUCUCCCUUUCACACGAAGGGAAGAGAAAAAUGAAC